AUGUCGAGACAAUUACGAUCAACUCCCAAGGUCCAGUGGCAAAGCAACAAGGACGGAAGCAGAAAUGCAUUCAUCUCCGCAUCCCAAGUAAGCUCUAGCCAGCUGAAAGAGUAUCUCGACUCCAACUACCCAGGAGGAUAUUCCGUUCAGCUGAAGCGUGACAAAUUCAAAAUCACUAUCGUCGAGACAUCAAUGGGACAAUUGAUCUAA